AUUUUCGCAGUUGUGUUUUUGAAGCGAAAGAUAAAAAAUCAUUUCCACGCUCUUUCUCUGUUUUCUCUUUCAUUUCCCCCUCUCUCUCCUUUCUCUCUCUCCACUCGCCGGCGCUACUAUCUCUCUAUCUACACACACAACACACAACGCAACCAACACAAACAAAAAAGCGCAACUCACAGAAUACUCUCUUUCUCUCGCUAUCUACAAUUUGGUUGCUUCUUCUUUCUCUUCUUUUCUUUCGGCGGAGAUCGAAUAGAUAGGGUUGGGUAGCGGAGCGAGCGAGCAAUGUCGGAGGAAGAGAAGCUUCUGAAGGAGGCAAAGAAACUGCCAUGGGAGGAUCGACUAUUCCACAAGAACUGGAAGGUUCGCAACGAGGCAAACAUCGAUUUGGCCGCGCUAUGCGACUCCAUCACCGAUCCAAAGGACCCUCGCAUCCGUGAAUUCGGUCCGUUUUUUAGGAAGACUGUGGCGGAUUCGAAUGCGCCAGUGCAGGAGAAGGCUCUCGAUGCCCUGAUUGCUUACUUGCGAGCUGCUGAUGCUGAUGCCGGCAGGUUCGGGAAGGAAGUUUGUGAUGCCAUUGUAGCCAAAUGUCUCACUGGAAGACCGAAGACUGUGGAAAAGGCUCAGGCAGUGUUUAUGCUCUGGGUGGAAUUGGAGGCUGUCGAUGCUUUUCUGGAUGCAAUGGAGAAGGCGAUAAAAAACAAAGUUGCUAAAGCUGUGGUUCCUGCAAUAGAUGUUAUGUUUCAAGCCUUAAGUGAGUUUGGAUCGAAGAUUGUGCCGCCUAAAAGAAUUUUGAAGAUGCUUCCUGAACUCUUUGAUCAUUCCGAUCAAAAUGUUCGUGCAUCCUCUAAAGGGUUGACUCUUGAGCUUUGUCGAUGGAUUGGUAAAGAUCCUGUAAAAUCAAUUUUGUUUGAGAAAAUGAGAGAUACAAUGAAAAAAGAACUGGAAGCUGAGCUUAUAAAUGUUAUGGGAACAGCAAAGCCAUCCCGCAAAAUAAGAUCUGAGCAAGACAAGGAGCCUGAACCAGAAACUGUAGCUGAUGUUGUUGGUCCUGGCCCUACUGAAGAAUCUGGGAAUGAUGCAGCUCCUCAAGAGACAGAUGAAUAUGACCUUGUUGAUCCUGUUGACAUAUUGACUCCUUUGGAAAAGUUAGGAUUCUGGGAAGGAGUGAAAGCUACCAAGUGGUCUGAACGGAAGGAUGCUGUGGCUGAGCUAACAAAGCUUGCAUCAACUAAAAAGAUUUCUCCCGGUGAUUUUUCGGAAGUUUGUCGGACCUUAAAGAAGCUUAUCACAGAUGUGAAUAUUGCUGUUGCAGUUGAAGCCGUUCAGGCUCUUGGCAAUCUUGCUCGUGGAUUAAGAACCCAUUUUUCUGCGAGUUCUCGUUUUGUGUUGCCUGUUUUACUUGAAAAAUUAAAGGAGAAAAAGCCCACUAUGACUGAAGCAUUAACUCAGACUCUUCAAGCGAUGCACAAAGCUGGAUGCAUAAGCCUUGUUGAUAUUGUUGAAGAUGUUAAAACAGCUACGAAAAACAAAGUCCCCCUCGUGCGAUCAUUGACCUUGACCUGGGUUACAUUUUGUAUUGAAACCAGUAACAAAAGUAUAAUUACUAAGGUGCAUAAGGAUUAUGUGCCUAUAUGUAUGGAGAGCCUAAAUGAUGGUACUCCUGAAGUGAGGGAUGCAGCAUUUUCAGCAUUGGCAGCAAUAGCGAAGUCGGUUGGGAUGAGACCUCUGGAGAGGUCACUGGAGAAACUUGAUGAUGUUAGGAGAAAGAAACUUUCAGAGAUGAUUUCAGGGUCUGAAGAUGCUGUGCCUGGUGGUUCUGCCACAGCACCUGUGCACGGUACACGAGGAAGUGCGUCAUCUGCAGAGAUCUCUGAAGGUGCAUUUGUUAAAAGGUCAGCAGCAAGCAUGCUUAGUGGAAAAAGACCUGUUCAGGUAGCUCCUGCCCCCAAGAAAGGAGGAGCUGCAAAGUCUGGUACAAACAAAAAGGCAGAUGGUGUUGCACAACCGAAGGUUUCAAAAUCAAUUGAACCACCUGAAGAUGUUGAGCCUGCUGAGAUGAGUCUUGAAGAGAUUGAAACCCGAGUAGGUUCUCUUGUACAGUCAGAUACCAUCACUCAGUUAAAAAGUGCUGUUUGGAAAGAACGUCUUGAAGCUAUUUCUUCACUGAAAGAGCAAGUAGAAGGGUUACAGGAUCUUGAGCAAUCGGUCGAAAUUUUGAUUCGCUUACUCUGUGCUUUGCCUGGAUGGGGUGAGAAAAAUGUUCAGGUUCAGCAGCAGGUUAUUGAAGUUAUCACUCAUAUAGCUUCAACUGCAACUAAAUUUCCAAAGAAGUGUGUAGUACUAUGCCUCUCAGGGCUAAGUGAGCGAGUAGCAGAUAUUAAGACACGUGCACAUGCUAUGAAGUGCCUAACUACUUUUUGUGAAGCAGUUGGUCCAGGAUUCGUAUUUGAAAGACUCUACAAGAUCAUGAAGGAGCAUAAGAAUCCUAAAGUUCUUAGUGAGGGACUUUUGUGGAUGGUUUCAGCUGUUGAUGAUUUUGGUGUAUCACAUAUAAAGCUUAAGGAGUUAAUUGAUUUUCUGAAAGAAACUGGGCUGCAGUCAAGUGCAGCUGCCACUAGAAAUGCUUCAACUAAGCUUUUGGGUGUUCUGCAUAGAUUUGUUGGUCCAGAUAUUAAAGGGUUCCUUACUGAUGUUAAGCCUGCAUUGCUCAGUGCUCUUGAUACUGAGUAUGAGAAGAAUCCAUAUGAGGGAGCAUCUGCAGCUCCCAAGAAAUCAGUCAAAACAUCAGACUCGUCUUCCUUAGUUGCUGCUGGUGGGUUGGAUAGCUUGCCUCGUGAAGACAUUAGUGGAAAGAUUACUCCGACUCUCCUGAAGAGCUUGGAAAGUCCUGAUUGGAAGGUUCGUAUGGAGUCAGUUGAAGCUGUAAAUAAAAUACUGGAAGAGGCUAAUAAGCGCAUUCAGGCAACUGGAACUGGUGAGUUGUUUGGUGCUCUUAGGGGGCGACUCAUUGAUAGCAACAAAAAUAUAGUCAUGGCAACCUUGACAACAAUUGGUAAUGUUGCAUCUGCGAUGGGACCAGCUGUAGAGAAGGCAAGCAAGGGUAUUCUGGCUGAUAUAUUGAAAUCCCUUGGUGACAACAAGAAGCACAUGAGAGAAUGUGCACUGAAUACUUUGGAUUUGUGGCUUGCUGCUGUUAAUCUUGAUAAAAUGGUUCCUUAUAUUACAAUUGCUUUGACGGAUUCUAAACUUGGUGCGGAAGGGCGUAAAGACCUUUUUGAUUGGUUAUCUAGGCAACUUUCUGUGCAAAGCAGUUUUGCUGAAGCUGCACAACUUCUGAAGCCAGCCUCUGCUGCAAUGACAGAUAAAUCAUCAGAUGUUCGCAAGGCAGCCGAGGCAUGCAUUAAUGAGAUAGUGAGAGUUAGUGGGCACGAAACGAUUGAAAAAAUAGUUAAGGACAUUCAUGGACCAGCUCUAGCUUUGGUUCUUGAGAAGUUGAAACCAUAUGGAGGCCUUCAAGAAUCAUUUGAGUCUGCUAAGGCAGUUUCAGUGGGCGCAUCAAAAGGUGUUCAAAAGGCUGGGAAAUCAACUGCUAAUGGUGUUCCAAAACACGGAAAUAAAGCUGCAUCUUCGCGGGCUGUUGCAACAAAGGGUGCUAGGUCUGAGCCUAUCUCUGUCCAAGAUAUAGCGCUUCAGUCUCAAGCUUUAUUAAAUGUUAAGGAUUCAAAUAAGGAAGAUAGAGAACGAAUGGUGAUUCGAAAGUUUAAGUUCGAGGACCCACGCAUUGAGCAGAUUCAAGAUCUAGAGAGUGAUAUGAUUAGGUACUUCAGAGAGGAUUUAUCUAGGAGACUCUUAAGUGCAGAUUUUAAGAAGCAAGUUGAUGGACUAGAAAUGCUACAAAAGGCACUUCCUUCCGUUGCAAAGGAAAUUAUAGAAGUUCUAGAUAUACUUUUGAGGUGGUUUGUUUUGCAGUUCUGCAAAUCCAACACGACCUGUCUAUUGAAGGUGCUAGAAUUCCUUCCUGAACUGCUUGACACCUUGAAGGAUGAGGGAUAUUCUUUGACAGAGUCUGAAGUAGCGAUAUUUCUUCCUUGCCUAGUAGAGAAGUUAGGGCAUAACAUCGAGAAGGUUCGAGAAAAAAUGCGGGAGCUGACAAAACAAUUUGUUCUUGUAUAUUCUGCAUCUAAAUGUUUCCCUUAUAUAUUGGAGGGUUUACGCUCUAAGAACAACAGAACUCGAAUUGAAUGUGCUGAUCUUGUUGGAUUUAUCCUCGAACAUCAUGGUUCAGAGAUUAGUGGGCAACUAAAGUCACUGCAAAUUGUUGCAAGUUUGACAGCAGAGCGAGAUAAUGAAACAAGGAAAGCCGCAUUGAAUACACUAGCCACUGGAUAUAAGAUUCUUGGUGAGGACAUAUGGAGAUUUGUUGGAAAGCUAACAGAUGCUCAAAAAAGCAUGUUAGAUGAGAAAUUUAAGUGGAAGGUUCGCGAGAUGGAAAAAAAGAAGGAAGGAAAGCCAGGGGAAGCAAGGGCUAUUUUAAGACGCUCUGUCAGGGAGAAUGGGUCUGAUGUUGCUGAGCAGAGUGGUGAAGUGGCUAGAUCUCUUUCUGGUCCAAUUUUGAGGAAAAAUUUCGGUCAACUGGAGGUUGAGAGACAAUCAAUGCCGCGCCCCAUGGCCGUUGCUAGUGGCCCCACAGAUUGGAAUGAAGCACUUGAUAUUAUUUCUUUUGGUUCUCCUGAGCAAUCUGUUGAAGGAAUGAAAGUUGUUUGUCAUGAAUUGACUCAGGCCACUAGUGAUCCUGAAGGCAGUGCUAUGGAUGAACUUGUAAAAGAUGCAGAUAGACUAGUUGCCUGCCUCGCUAAUAAGGUUGCAAGGACUUUUGAUUUCAGUUUGACAGGAGCUUCAUCAAGAUCUUGUAAAUAUGUGCUCAACACUCUGGUGCAGACUUUCCAGAAUAAACGUUUGGCAUAUGCUGUGAAGGAGAGCACUCUUGACAGUCUUAUUACUGAGCUUCUUCUGUGGCUUUUGGAUGAUAGGGUUCCUCAUAUGGAUGAUGGAAGCCAGUUGUUGAAAGCACUGAAUGUGUUGAUGCUUAAGAUUUUGGAUAAUGCAGAUCGGACUUCAUCCUUUGUUGUCCUAAUAAAUCUUUUACGUCCGUUAGAUCCAUCAAGGUGGCGUUCACUGGCAACAAACGAAUCAUUGGCCUCUAGAAAUCAGAAAUUUUCUGAUCUGGUUGUGAAAUGCCUCAUCAAGCUUACAAAGGUUCUUCAGAGUACCAUUCUUGAUGUUGAUCUUGAUCGCAUACUUCAAAGCAUCCAUUUGUAUCUGCAAGACUUGGGGAUGGAGGAAAUUAGGAGAAGGGCUGGUGCUGAUGACAAACCCUUACGAAUGGUGAAAACUGUUUUGCAUGAGCUUGUCAAGCUUAAAGGCACAUCAAUAAAGGGACAUCUUUCAAUGGUUCCUAUUGAUUCAAAACCACAACCCAUCAUCCUUGCCUACAUUGAACUUAAUCUUGAGACACUGGCUGCUGCAAGAAUGUUGACUGCAUCUGGACCUGGUGGACAAACUCAUUGGGGUGAUUCUGCAACAAAUAAUUCAGCAUCUGGCACACAUGCCGCUGAUGCCCAAUUGAAGCAAGAGUUGGGUGCGAUAUUUAAGAAGAUUGGGGAGAAGCAAACUUGCACAAUUGGUCUAUAUGAAUUAUAUAGGAUUACCCAAUUGUACCCAAAGGUUGAUAUAUUUGCUCAGCUUUCAAAUGCUAGUGAGGCAUUCCGCACCUACAUCAGAGAUGGUCUUGCUCAGAUGGAAAAGAAUGCUGCAGCUGGAAGAACACCUUCAAGUUUGCCAAUGGCAACUCCCCCGCCAUCGUCAUUAAAUAUUUCUUCACCGGAUUUUGCACCUCUUUCCCCUGUCAACACCAAUCCACUGGGUGAUGCUAAAUUAAAUGUGAAACCUGAACCAACAAAUUUUAAUUUACCCCCAUCAUACAAUGAGGGGAACCGAGUUAAUGCCAUUACUUCUAGAGCUUUAGGUUCUGACUACAUAUCAGGUGAUCAAAGAAAUGAAAGAUAUACGACAGGAGUAGCGAGUGGAACAUUGGACGAAAUCAGAGAGCGGAUGAAGGCCAUGAAUGACAUGAAUAAUGGAGUUCCCCCUAGUCAGAUUCCUCAUCCAUCAGAGCAUGUUGGUCCCGGGAAUGCUAUGCAAGGUGGUGUGCUUCCUAUGGAUGAGAAAGCUUUGUCUGGGCUUCAAGCCCGGAUGGAAAGACUGAAAAGUGGAUCCCUUGAACCACUGUAACGAGAGAUUUGGUUAAGAGAGUUUCUUGCCAUUGCCAGAUUUUGAAUACAUUAUUGCCACCGAUUUGGUGGCAUGCAAGUGCAAUCAUAUAUAGUGCUCUCAGCACCGGGUUGGUAUACAUUAGUAUGUAUAAUAAUAGUCGAUAGAGCUAUUAUCUCCUUUUAACAAAAAAAAAAAAAAGAGCUAGUAUCUCCUUCAUACUAUGGAAUUUAUGACGUUUCAGAGCAUCAUAGGAAUAGUCGCAAUCUAAUGUAAAUUGUAGUGAAGCUGUAUUCUUUUUAAUGUAGAUCGUCAAUUUAAUGCAAUUAUUAUCAUUUUGGUAGUGCUAUUGAGUUUUGCUUUGUUAUUUACUCUGCUACUAAAAUUUGAGUGAUGAUUCAUUUUUAAUUUUGGAAUUGAAUUUAGGCA